AUGGGUAACAGCAAAGCGCAGGAUGCCGCCGUUGACAACCAUGUCUCGGGUCAGAGCAACGAGCCCAUGAGCCGCCCAGCUCACGCCUUGACUUUUGAUCAGGUUGUCCAGGAGCUUCAGACUGAUACCAUGCACGGUCUCACAUCUGCUGAAGCCAAAGCUCGACAUGAAAAGUUCGGCAACAACGAUCUUGGUGACGCCGAUGGUGUUCAGCCCCUCAAGAUCAUCAUUGCCCAGGUCGCAAACGCCAUGACAUUGGUGCUUAUUCUUGCCAUGGCCGUUUCUUUCGGUAUCAAGUCUUGGAUUGAAGGCGGUGUCGUCGCCUUCAUCAUUGGUCUCAACGUCACCGUCGGUUUCUUCCAGGAAUACUCUGCCGAGAAGACUAUGGAUUCGCUCCGAAACAUGUCUUCUCCCACCGCUAGUGUUGUCCGUGAUGGAGACGCCAAGGUUAUUCCUUCCGUCGAGGUCGUCCCCGGUGAUCUUGUGGAAAUCAAGACCGGAGACACCAUCCCUGCUGAUGUCCGACUGAUUGAGGCGGUUAACUUUGAGACUGAUGAGGCUAUGUUGACUGGUGAGUCUCUUCCCGUUCGAAAGAACGAGGAUGAGGUUUUCGAGGACAACUGCGGACCUGGUGAUCGUAUCAACGUUGCCUACAGCUCCUCCACCGUUACCAAGGGUCGCGCCAAGGGUAUUGUCUUUGCUACUGCUACUUCCACUGAGAUUGGUGCUAUCGCUGCCGCCCUCCGAAAGAAGGACAGCAAGGUCCGUCCUGUCAAGCGUAAGCCUGACGGUUCUGCUAAGCCUCACCGAUACCUCGAAGCCUACACUCUCACCACUACCGACGCUAUUGGCCGUUUCCUCGGUGUCAACGUCGGCACACCUCUCCAGAAGAAGCUGUCCCGACUGGCAAUCUACCUCUUUGGUACCGCUGUUAUCUGUGCUAUCAUCGUCCUUGCCGCCAACAACUUCAACGCCUCCCAACAGGUUAUCAUCUAUGCCGUUGCUACUGGUCUGUCUAUGAUUCCUGCCAGUUUGGUCGUCGUCUUGACUAUCACCAUGGCUGCCGGAACUAAGCGUAUGGUUGAGCGUAAUGUCAUUGUUCGAAACCUCAAGGCUCUUGAGGCCCUUGGUGCUGUUACCGAUAUUUGCUCCGACAAGACUGGUACUCUUACCCAAGGUAAGAUGGUUGCUCGUGGUGCCUGGACUCCUGGAAUGGGAACCUACCUUAUCGAGAACGCUACCGAGGCCAACAACCCCACCAUUGGUGAACUUCGCUGGUCCCGCAAGCAGCCUCACCAGCUUCCCCUCAAGGCCGGCGGUGAUGAGUGUGGUGUCGUUUCUCCCAUCAGUGAGCUCCUCUCCCAGAGCAAGUCCGGUCUUACCAAGUUCCUCGAAGUUGCUUCUCUUGCCAACCUUGCCACCGUCAACGAGAAGAACGGUGAAUGGCACGCCCGUGGUGACCCUACCGAAAUUGCUAUCCAGGUCCUUGCCUCUCGCUUCGACUGGAACCGUCUCAAGCUCACCAGCCACGAUGGUGCCAACCAGUACAGUGAGAUCGCCGAGCUUCCUUUCGACUCUGAUGUCAAGCGCAUGUCUGUCAUUAUGAAGGAUAACCGAUCCAGCCAACUCUUUGCCUUCACCAAGGGUGCCGUCGAACGUGUCAUUGGUGCUUGUACUACUUACUGCCCUGAGGACAACGAGGAGCAGGUCCCCAUGACCGAGGAGUUCAAGGAGGAGAUCCUCCGCAACAUGGAGUCUUUCGCCGGUAUGGGUCUUCGUGUCCUUGCUCUUGCUUCCAAACCCUACUCUGUCGACAUGAAGAAGGGUGACGAGGUUGACCGUACUACUGUUGAGUGUGAUCUCGUCUUCCGUGGUCUUGUUGGUCUUUACGAUCCUCCCCGUCUUGAGUCUGCUCCUGCCGUCCGUGCUUGCCACCAGGCUGGUAUCUCCGUCCACAUGCUUACUGGUGACCACCCCGAAACCGCCAAGGCUAUUGCUAUUGAGGUCGGUAUCCUCCCCAGCCGCAUGGAUAUGGUUGCUGAGGACACUGUCGCUACCAUGGUUAUGACUGCUACCACCUUCGAUGGUCUUACCGACGACGAGGUCGACCAGCUUCCUUUCCUCCCUCUUGUCAUCGCCCGAUGUGCUCCUCAGACCAAGGUCCGCAUGAUUGAAGCUCUUCACCGCCGUAAGAAGUUCGCUGCUAUGACUGGUGAUGGUGUUAACGACUCUCCCUCUCUCCGCCGUGCUGAUGUUGGUAUUGCCAUGGGUCAAGCCGGUUCCGAUGUCGCCAAGGAUGCUUCCGAUAUUGUUCUCAGUGACGACAACUUCGCUUCUAUCGUCGCCGCUAUCGAGGAAGGUCGCCGUAUCUUCGACAACAUCCAGAAGUUCAUUCUCCACGUGCUCGCCACCAACGUCGCCCAGGCUAUUGUUUUGCUUGUCGGUCUUGUCUUCAAGGAUGACUCUGGUCUCUCCGUCUUCCCUAUCGCCCCCGUCCAGAUCAUGUGGAUCAUCAUGGCUACCUCUGGUCUUCCUGACAUGGGUCUCGGUUUCGAGCGUGCCGUCGCUGGUAUUAUGGAACGACCCCCCGUCUCUCUCAAGACUGGUGUUUUCUCCGCCGAGUUUCUUGUCGACACGACCGUCUAUGGUAUUUGGAUCGCUGCCCUUUGCCUGAGCACUUUCGUCCUCCGCAUGUACGCCUUUGGCGAUGGUAACCUCGGUACCGAAUGCAACGACCGAUACAGUGACAGCUGUGAGACCGUGUUCAAGGCUCGUGCCACCACCUUUGCUUGUCUUACCUGGUUCUCCCUCUUCCUUGCCUGGGAGAUGAUUGACAAGCGACGAUCUUUCUUCCGCAUGCAGCCCGGCUCCAAGCUCUACUUCACUCAGUGGAUGCACGACAUCUGGCGCAACCAGUUCCUCUUCUGGGCCAUUAUCCUCGGUGUCGUCACCCUCUUCCCUAUCCAGUAUAUCCCCGUCAUCAGCGACACCGUCUUCAAGCACAAGGGUAUUACCUGGGAGUGGGGCAUUGUCUUCAUCGCCGCCGCCCUCUUCUUCAGUGGUAUCGAGGCCUGGAAGUUCGCCAAGCGUGUCUUCUUCCGUCGCCAGGCUCGCAAGUCCCAGGGCACUGACUGGAAGGAUAUGGAUCUCGAGCAGCGCACUUUCGGCGAGUACAUGACUCCUGACUCCAGCGAGGCCAGCGUCCGCCACGAUGCUGAGAAGGUUGGCAACGCUACCCAGCGCCCCAACGCUGACGCCCACAACGAGAAGAAGGCGUAA